UGAUAGUAAGGUGAUUUGGGCUUAUUAACGUUACCAUUCCUGGUCGCAGAUCGGGCUGGAUUGGUCUGUGAGACCCCUGAACCGUACCCCUGGCGGCAUGAUGAUGCAGAAACCAAUGCUCCGCUUUGGUUGGAUGCUUUGGGAGACAAGCAUUUCCAACUUCCACCGUCAGACCCACAGAGCGAGGCCAAGGAGUCAAGGACACCAUCUCAAGUUUCUCGAGGCUGGUAUUGUACAAGAUACGUACGUAAUGUCCAAGACCUGUUCUCUUUUGUAAAUUGACCGAUUCGGCCCCACGAUCUGUGCAUCACCCAGCGCAGCAUCUCAUGGUGCAUGCAUGGAGCAGCGUCCGCUCUGAUCCAUGGCCCCUCCCUCGGGUCUCCAUCAAUCCUCCAUCGCUUCCGAUUUCGAGGCGCCGUUUCCGCCCUUGGUCCGCUCGUCCACCGUUCCCGCCAGCCUCAAGUCGCACCGCGUCGACCCCUCCCAUUUGGCGCCCGAAGACGCCUACGCUUCCUUUUCACCCCCGCGCCGGACCUCAACCUUUGACAGCGCGGGAAAUGGGUCCGGGACAGACUCACGCCCGCGCCGCAUCAGGCGCAAAGAUGCAAGUCGGAGUCGGAGCCGAAGGCGCAAGCGCUUCCAGAAGUUGCUCUGGGUGAAACAGUCAUACCCCGACAACUACACGGACCAAGCAACGUUCCUCGAGAACCUCCAGCGGAACCCGCGGGUCCAGCCCUACGACUUUUGGCCCUUGGUUGCCGACUCAACUGUCAUUGUGCAGCACGUCUGUUCAGUCAUAAUCUUCGUUGUGUGUUUCGUCGGCAUCUUUCAGGAGCGCGUCAGCCCCGUGUCGGUGGUCGGAUGGGGCAGCUUCGCAACCUUCCUUGGCUGGCUAUUAUGGGACUAUUGGGUGACGCAAGAGACCCAAGGCGGUACCGCCGACGCUGCUGCCAGGGGGAGGAUGAUGCGUGGUGAACGCACCUACGAGGAAUAUCGCCGUCCGCAUCGGCAUAAUUCGAGUCUUGGCCAGCCAAUACUCAAUACCAGCACUGCCAGCAUCUCGAGCACGUCCAACUUCCCCUCAGCCGCUAGCUCGACGUCGAACCUCCUCCAGGACUAUCACCACAACCUACGUCGACAGUCUUCCCAACCGCCUUCUAACGCCAACAAUAACUCGAGCAACCGCAACAGCCUCCUCAUUCCGGGUCACCCCUACUCCCGCUCCGCCAGCUCCAUUAACUCCGCGACCUCCCAACCGGGCGCCAGCGCCCACAGCCAGACCAGCAGCGCAGCGACCGCCAGCCGUCCCAACGCAGAUGGCUACCAACCCGAAAAACCACCCUCUCGCCGCACGCCUACCUCCUCUCCGGCCCGCGGCUCCAGCUCCGAUGGGCGCAGCACCCCCGCUGGCGGACGGGCCUACGUACGCGUGAGCACCAUCAAGUCAGCCAUCCUCAUCUACUUCACGCUGCUCGGUCUAUCACCCAUCCUCAAGUCGCUCACGCGGUCGACGUCGUCCGACAGCAUCUGGGCCAUGUCCUUUUGGCUGCUGGCUAUCAACAUAUUCUUCUUCGACUACUCGGGCGGGCCGCAGCGGCCCUCUCCCGCCGCAGCGGCCGCCGCGGCGGGAUCAUCACCGCAACAACACAACAGGACAUUGAAGCGCAUGCCCGUCGCCUCGCUGUCCACCAACGCCGCGCUCAUGGCCUCGACGGUGCUCGCCAGCCGCCUGCCCUCGACGGGCCAGGUCUUCAGCCUCACGCUGUUCAGCAUCGAGGUGUUUGGCCUGUUCCCCGUCUUUCGGCAGUACGCUCGCCACCGCAGCUGGCGGUAUCACGUGAUUCUGACGGUGCUGCUCGUGCUGGGCGCUGGCGGCGGGGUAGGCAUGGUGCUCGGGGACGCCGAGGGCGCCGGGAAGGAAGGAGGCUGCUGGAGCUGCUGGCCAUGGAAGAGAGGGCUGCUGGGCAUGGUGGUGGGCUGCCUGAUCUCGGCCGUGGCCAUGGGCGGGUGUAGCUGGUGGCUGAUAGGCCUGCAAAAGUACAAGAACGAGAUCUACGGCCCGUGGGACCCGGCCAGGCCCAUCAUUAUCAGUCGGAGGCACUGGGAUGAUGAGUAG